AUGAUUCGCCGCCUCAUUACUGCAAGCUCCUCCCGAGUUGUGUUGGUCAAUGGUGGCCAACCUUGCAAUGUCUUCUGGCAGGUGUCAAGUUCCGCUACCCUAGGGACAGGAGGCACUUUCGGUGGGACCAUCAUGGCACUCACAUCUAUCUCGGCGACCACGGACCUGGUGAUUCAAAGACGCCUUCUUGCACGUAAUGGGCAGGUCAGUCUGGACAGCAAUACAAACAAUCUUCCGACUUGUACCACUACGACGACUUCGUCUACCACGACAUCGUCUAGUACAACAUCAUCUACUACGACGUCGACUACCGCUGCCACUCUGCCAAUUAUCACCCUGCCUAUAGGUCCAAUAGGGCCCAUUAUUGCCAAUUUUUGGCGGUGGCGUAGGUAA